GCUGCAAGCGACUACAAUUCCCAGGGAGCAAUCUGCCACUCGUCCCCGGUGCCUCACGAGAAAAGGGGAUUUGGCAGUCUAAUGGGAUCUGUAGUUUUCCUGGAGGGGAAGGAGUCUUCCAACUUUGAGGGCUAUCCUUCCCUAGGCAUUCCGAGUGGGAACCUUAUGCAAAAAAAAGAAAAAAAAAAAAAGAAUCCCUAACACCGCAAGUUUCUGGAUGGAGGUCUGUUUUUACCAGGAAGAUCAGUGAUGGAAGGUGAACAGGACACAGAGUUUCUUUUGAGAGGGUGAAUCUUUCCUGUACUUUCACCCUCCCUCUUCAACAACAACCACCACCUCCUCAGGGGAUCAUCUCUAAGACUGGAAGCUGGAACCUGUGCUCUUCUGUUAGUGUGGCUGCAUGUUUAGUAUGCAGAUCCUGCCUCUUUGCUAAUGAGAGGGAGAAUGGGGACCCAGGGCAGCCCUGUGAAGAGCUAUGAUUAUCUGCUCAAAUUCCUGCUGGUAGGAGACAGUGAUGUUGGAAAGGGAGAAAUCCUGGAGAGCCUUCAAGAUGGAGCAUCUGAAUCCCCCUACGCCUACAGCAACGGGAUAGACUAUAAAACAACUACAAUUUUACUGGAUGGUAGACGGGUCAAGCUGGAACUUUGGGAUACAUCUGGUCAGGGGAGGUUCUGUACUAUUUUUAGAUCUUACUCCAGGGGUGCUCAGGGAAUUCUUCUAGUGUAUGAUAUCACAAAUCGCUGGUCCUUUGAUGGCAUAGACCGAUGGAUAAAAGAAAUUGAUGAGCACGCUCCCGGGGUUCCCCGCAUCUUGGUGGGAAAUCGGCUCCACUUGGCCUUCAAGCGGCAGGUGCCAACAGAGCAAGCUCGCUCCUAUGCUGAAAAGAACUGCAUGACAUUCUUUGAGGUCAGCCCUCUGUGCAACUUCAAUGUAAUCGAGUCCUUCACAGAACUGUCCCGGAUUGUGCUCAUGCGACAUGGAAUGGAGAAGAUCUGGAGGCCCAACAGAGUGUUCAGUUUACAGGACCUUUGCUGUCGAGCAAUUGUCUCCUGUACCCCAGUCCAUCUUAUUGACAAGCUUCCACUGCCUGUCACCAUCAAAAGUCAUCUGAAAUCCUUCUCCAUGGCCAAUGGGAUGAAUGCAGUGAUGAUGCAUGGACGCUCAUAUUCCUUGGCUAGCAGUGGGGGUGGGAGCAGCAGCAAAGGCAAUAGCCUGAAGAGGUCCAAAUCUAUCCGUCCUCCACAGAGCCCCCCACAGAACUGCUCACGAAGCAACUGCAAGAUCUCUUAGCAAAAUGAAGAACUCAGUGAGCGUAAAGACACCCACACCCACCCACCCAUGUACAAAUGUUUGCACAUUCAACUCUCUUAAAAGAAAAAAGAAAAAAAUGGAUCCCGCUGUUAUUCCUUGGUUACUCUCUUACCAGGGUAUUUCACUUAGGGAAUGUUCCUGAUGGUGUGCUUGGAGUCUUGGGUUGGCUGGAUCCCAUGUCAUUGGCAAGGAAGCCAUGGACCCUACACCCUACCCAGAGAGGUUUGGGAUUUUCCUCUUCAUUUAGACAGAAGAGGGGGUGGAAAAAAUAUAUGAUUGCUGGGAAGGAAAACAAUUUAUCUAGCUAGUCUCAAAAGGAAUGUAUUAGUAGAGACUAGAGAGGUAUAGGGUGUGUGGUGAGGGGAACCCAUGCUACAGCAUGAACCCAUAAACUCAUAAAUGAAUCGCCGGUGCUAUAGAGGUCCUUGAUUUAAAAUACAAAAAAAUGAGACAGAGAGGGUCUGGAGUUAUGGCAAGUUUGCAGUGGAUAGUACUGUGAUUGCCAAAAAAGCUCUUGGGGAGCUGGCUGUUAAGGAUUGUAAAGGAAGCUUUGCCUGCCUUUUUCACUUAUUUAUAUAGAAGUAUAUAUAAUAUCUCACUUUUUUGGGUAAAUUUUUAAAAAGCAGUCAGGGAAACCUUUAUGCAGCCAUGUGAUAAAGCAUUGCACUCAUUCCUAGUGCAUUUGCUAAGGGGAAAUGAAAACACUUUAAGGAAAGUUAUGAACUGAUACAGGUGUUUUGCAGUAGCAAGUAUUUUUGAUGUUUGAGUACUCUUUCCACAAAGAUAAUAAGGAAUUUAUUGUUAAAGUUUGAAAUGGUCUUUCUUUGAGUACACUUCACCCCAAUGGGAAAACAGGAAGAAUGUUAUGGAUUAAACGAAGACGCCAGUAGGAAGAGAGGGGAACGCUGACUGAGAGUUUGCUUUGAUUUGUUUUGCACAUCCUCUGCCUGCUUUUUGGUAGUUGUGCUGAAUUCACCUGGACUGACUUGUACCUGUGAGUCUCCUCCCCUCUGUCCUACAGUAUUGGGUAACAUGAGCAUAGCAGGAGAGUAGAAGCACAACCACUCGAAGCUGGCCUUUCUGGAAGGUGUGCCCUUAGAGAGAAGCACAGGCUUUCAUCCUGGAGUCACUUUGGUUUUCAUCUGUUUACAGCUUCCCCAACCCAUUGGCUCUAUUCCUUCAGUUUUCACCCAUCGUGAGAGUUUCAGCAGGCCUCCAAACUGAAAAGUUUCAGUGAGAAAAAAUCUAGGGAUUGCCCCAGUGUACCUUUAUUUGAACACUUUUCUGACGUGCUCCCUUCUCCCAUGACCCAGUGUUUCCUGUUGCUAGGGAAAUGUGCUGCUCCAAAUUGGCCAUGGAAAUCAUUCCCUCUUUAAAUUCCCUGCUGUCUUUACACAUGUUCCUUACUAGAUGAAACUUGUGCCAGCAUUUGCCAGAAUGAAAGACCCUAAGCUAUUUAGAAAGUGGUAAAUACUUGAUUUGAUUAAGGGAAACCUAGAAUUAGUAGAGCUGCUUUUAUCCUUAUCUUUUGCAGAGGGCAAGUCCAUAAUUCUGGACUCUUGGACUCCAUCUGACUUAGAGUAAUAGACACUGUCCAUCUUCUGAGCUAUAAAUGUGCUUGCUAGGCAUUCUUUGUAAAUUAUGCAGAAAAUUGACUUGAUUUUCCCAAUAGCCUCAGCAUACUAAUCUAAUAGUUUUGUCACUCCUUUUCCCUAAAAAAAAAAAAAAACAAAAAAAACCCUGCUUUUCUCUGCUGCCAGUCAGAAAAUAGAAUAAGCAUAAUAGCCAUCUGAAACUGUCCUAUAUCAUUGAAUGGUGUAAUAGUUCUCCUGUCUACGCAAAGCCCUGAUGCUGGUUUACAGGCAAGGUUGAUUUGUGUUCCUGGUAAUCUGUGAAUCCUGGUGCACUGUGAACCGAGGGUACCAAUUUUCAACACUUAAUAGAUCUGUCAUCAACUCAUUUGAUACUGUGGAACAAAUUUGGAAGGUAAAUAUUAUAACAUUACAGAAAUAGCUUCUUUUGUUUGGUCUAGAACUAAGAACAAAAUGUGUGUCCCAGUCACCAAAAGACUGGUGACCAAAAAAAAAAAAAAAAUCCGUCCUAUUGUGUUUUGACACUUCCCUCAAGUUGUGAUUGAUUCUCAUACUCCUCCCACAGCUCUUCUUAAGCCUUUCCCACUGAGUUCUGUUUCAUCCACAUCUGUGCCUGGGAGGUGUGUUGGGCUUGAGUCACAUCGGUGCUGUAUUCUACCUCUUCCCAACUCAGUGUUGGUGUGGCCACACACAGCAGCCACUCCUACCUUUCCAAGAGCAUAUAGACUGCCCUCAGCAACCACGGACAACUGCUGGUAGCUGGCCAGGAACAUCUUUCAGGGCAUCAAUUGCAUCCUCAUCUCCUUUCCCUUUCUUUAAAGAUUCCAUAACAAAUCACAAACAUAAAUUUCCCAAGUCAAGUCCCACUGAGUUUUAGAAAGCCAUGUAAUUCAUGAGCAGAGUAAAAUAUGCUUAGCUUUUAUGGGCAAAGGGUCCCCUAGUGGGCCUUGCUAGGAAAUGAAGGCUGCUAGUAUUUAAGAACCCCAUAGCCAUCAACUCAUCAAAUUAAGUGGAGCAGAAGACAAUCAUCAUCUCCAAAACUGAAUAUUGAGGGAAACAUGGGUUAAUGAGUGAAUUGGGAUAACCACAGGAGUUAUUGUUCUUGGACUUGGGGAGCCUUUUCUGGAACAGAUUCUCUCACUGCCUCUUGGGGAAUUCUGAGUCCUUAUCAUCCUCUGAUUUAUGGGGAAUACCCAUCCACUAACUGCAGUAGGCUAUGUGGAGACAGGAUUGGAUUUCUUGCCUUUUAUAGCAACAGAGGGAAAUGAGAUGUUAGUUUAGGCUCAUUAUAACCUCUGUUUCUCCCAUUUCUGACCUUUUCCCUAGCCUCUCUUUGCUAAAAGUCAAACCUGGAAGAUCCUGCAGACACCUAGCCAAAAUGGGAUCUCUUUUCUUUGGAAGUUUGAAACAAAAUCAAAAUUGACUUGGGAGUUGGGAGUGGGGUGGGAUGGGGAGAAGGGGUGGAGGAAUUGAAUGGUUUUGGCAUUUAUGAUAUCAACACUAUUCUUAGCUGCUGUUUUGACACUUGUACCAUUCCUGUGUUCUUUUUGACUUUUUAUUUCUUUGUACAGUAAAUGUAAUUCAACUGUGAUAUACAUGUUUUGUUUAUAUAAAUUAAAGUCUCCUUGUUUUUAAACAACCAA